CAGUCUGAAGCGCGCAAUGUCCGACCACCGCGCCAGGUCGCUCGCCGCGGCGGUCGGCCUGCGCACAUCGUUGCUAAUUUCGACGCUCGCACUCACCGCCCACGCGCUCUUCCUCUACGGCCAGCUUGUCGGCCGCGAAGACGACUGCCCCGGCUUCAACAACACCGGGUGCGACGCGUCGGUCGCGGACAAGUCCGACUCGAUGAUGGAGAUCGACCUGUCUGCGUCGCUCGGCUAUCACGCACACGGACUGCUCGCCGCCGCCGCCGGGGCGUUGGAGGCGUCCGCCUGCGGAACAGACUGCCCGUUCGGCGACGAGACGCUGCCUCCCGGCGCCCCGCCCGCCUGCGCCACCCUCGAGUGCGACGCGUGCACCAUCGUCGCCGGCGUGGCGGCGGAGCAGCGCUGCGCUGGAAAGCUCGAGGUGCCCGUCGCGCACAUGUCCUACCUGUACGCGGUGACGCAGCUCUGGGGGCAGGACCUGUCGCCCGCCUGCCAGACAGGGACCGAGCCCGAGUGCACGCACAUCUACCCGGGCCGCCCCGCCGCCGCCACGCUAGUGGUCUUCUCCUUCAUCUGGCCGCACCUCAAGCUGCUGUUGCUGCAGCUCUUCUUCUACUUGCCGCUGCGGCCGGCCGCGCGCCGCAACGGCGGUCGCGCCGCGUCGCGCCGCCUUCGGCGGGGACGCGUCGCUCACGCGAGGGCGCUGCGAGCAGGCAACUACUGGCUCGCCUUUUUCGGCAAGUGGACGCUGGCCGACGUGCUCGUGAUGACUUGCCUCCUCGGCCCGCCUUCGGCACCGAGGCCCGCCUCUGCCGCCAAGACACGUCCCAUGACGCGUCCGGGACGUGGCCCCACAGGUCUCCUCAACAUCAACGCGCACUCGUCGAUCGGCGAUGUGUGGAGCAGCGUGCGCGCGCAGCAGCCUCAGCUGUGCAACGCACUCUGCGACGCCCUCGCGCCGCCGCCCGCCUCGCCCGGCUUCGACAACGCCGCCGCCGUCCUCGACGCCGCCGGGAACGGCGCCAACUGCACGCGGCUGUGCGCGGGAGUGGCGGAGCUGCUGUCGGCGACGCUGCUCUGGCCGGAGGAGGCCUGA